CCCCUGGUGGCUGCUGUCCCAUCUCGGUAGUGACAGACAGGAGCCGGUGACAGGGGGCGGGAGCCGCUUUUGCACAGGGGCGCACUGAGUUGGGUAUCCGGGUCUGACAGCUGCUGGAGGAGGUAGCCGAGCACACUGAGAAGGAGCUGCUUCAAAGUUAAACAAAUACGCAGUGCAGGACGUAAUCUCCAUUUGCUGGGCACAUUGGCCACUUCAACAUGGCAUCUCGCAUCGGGCUGCGCAUGCAGCUGAUGAGGGAGCAGGCGCAGCAGGAGGAGCAGAGAGAAAGAAUACAGCUUCAGAAUCAGCAGCAUUUUCAUCAGCAACAACAUCAUGGCCUGUCUGUUAAUACAUCCACUGCCAUCAACACCCCUGCAUCGUACCAGCAACCCCCUCCUGUCCCCAUGGAGGUGCUGCAGGUUAGAACUCAUCUGGAGAACCCAACCACAUAUCACAUCCAGCAAUCCCGGGAUCGAAAGGUGCGAGAUUACCUGUCUGACACCUAUGGGAACAAGUUUUCAUCUCAUAUUAGUCCGCACAGGUUGUCCCCAAAGCCGCCUCCUGCCCCUUCCUCUCCCGCUCACCGCGCUGCACGACUCUCCUCCUCCACAGGCAACAGUGCGCCAAACAGUCCGAUGUCCAGAAUGAAUCUGUGUUCCACCAGCGAGAGAGAGAUGGAUGAUGUAAUCGAAAACAUAAUAGGUCUGGAUAACCUGUUUGGGUACACAGAGCCUGCAAUCUCCAUGCCAAACACGCUUCCAUUUUCCAGCAGCCAUUUAGCCUUGUACAGUGAGGAUUCCCAUCUCAGUGACACUGUUGUCGCUGUCACCAGUAACUCCUGUCCUGCUGACCUUCCCAUCAAAAGGGAGCUCACAGAUGCAGAAAACCGUGCCAUUGUACGAGAACGUCAGAAGAAGGAUACCCACAACAUGAUUGAAAGAAGGAGACGGUUUAACAUAAACGACCGUAUCAAGGAACUGGGUACUCUAAUCCCAAGAUCCAAUGACCUCAGUGACUCACGCUGGAAUAAAGGCACCAUUUUGAGAGCAUCCGUGGACUACAUCAAACACAUGCAAAAGGAUCAGCAAAGGAGCCGGGAACUGGAGACACAUUCUAAGCAACUGGAGCAAGCCAACAAGCAUCUAUGGUUGCGGAUUCAGGAGCUAGAGAUGCAGGCCAAGGCAUAUGGCCUUCCAACACCCUCCCCACAGAAUCUAAGCCCAUCAAACCCCGUUAAGCAGGAGCAGGAUCCUAUGCAUAGUGCUCAAAAUCAACUCACAGUUCCUCCACAAACAUGCUACCAGCAACAGCUGGACUUCUCCACUGAGCUGGGUUGCCAGAGCAAUGUUUGUGCAGACUCCACCUUCCCAUCUCUGUCGAGGACGGAACUUGACCUCAUGCUGAUGGAGGAUAGCAUGCUCACCUCUGACCCCAUGUUAACCUGUGACCCUCUGAUGUCCACCCUUUCCCCUGGCACUUCCAAGGCCAGUAGUCGACGGAGCAGUUUCAGCAUAGAUGAGGUGGAUGGGCUGUGACCCUGCUGGAAUGUAACUGUUACCCUGCUAUGAGAAGGGAGGAAAAAUCUGAAGUCACACUGCCUUUUAUACAGGACAGUAUGGAUGGAUACAGUUAUCCAUGUAUAUACACGCAUUCAAGCUGUGCAGUACACAUAUACAGAGACACAAAUGUUCUUUGAUACCUAUAUCACACCAGAAAGCAUCACUAUUAUUGUAGGAAUGACGCCUAAAGCGAAGGAUGGACUAAUAAACAUGGAGCAAUCACCCAAAGAUGUGCAGGAGUGGUACGCUCUGGCAUCCACUGCCUUAAACUGCUCUGUAACUUGCAUCACAGGGAUUAUUUGCCACAAAAUGCCUCAUAUUAUUCUGACAGGGCAGUACCUAAGCGUAGGAUUGCAUACCUGUGUAUGCAGGACUUUGUUUGCCUGAAUUGUUACAGUGUGUGGGCUUGUGAUGUAUAGAAGUGUAGUGCACCUUUUUAAUGUGUUUGUAUGUUUUUGAGUGUCUGUAACUGUCUGAUGUUUCAGUGACGGCCCCUUAAAUAUUAUUGUUGUCUUCUCAGUUUGAGAAUAAUUUUAUUUCUGCAUAUGUACGACUGUGAGCUUACAUGUAUAUAGAGAGCUGAGUGUUUAUUUGUGUAAAUCCCUUUGUAUAACUGAGUAAGGUUUGUCUCUACCCUUGUAAAGAUAAUGGGGGAGUUGCUUGAUCUUCUGAAACCACUAUUACUAUGCAGCAAUAAUUUAAAGGGACGUUGUACACAAACAUUUUCUAUCAUCCAUAUUAAAAAGUAGCAUUUAAACAUUUGUAUUGCCUGGAUACAUUCGAAGUAAAUGCGGUUUUAAAGUGAUUGUAAAGUUUUCAGAUCAAAUCAUUAAUAAAAACAUGGGCACUUUAAGUCAUGUAUAAUCAUUACCAUUUAGAAAUGGUAAACAUUGCGCCGUUCCUCCGCCCGCAUCUAAUACUUGACGAAUCUUGCUUUAUUCAAUCGUUGUGUGCCCCACGAGCUCAACGGCAAGUGCCACACGCAACAGUUGGAUAAAGCCAGAUUUGUCACUGAUUUGCUAAAUAAAGUAUUAUAUGCGGGUGGAGGAACGGCACAAGGUUUACUGUACUUAAAAAAUUUCAUGACUUAAAGUGCCCCUGUUUUUAUGAAUGAUUUGCUGUAAGGUGUAGUAAAUCUGAAAACCUUACAAUCACUUCAAGUUUAAAUUUUAACUAAGAUGGCAGCCUCUUUUUUUGCAAUUCCUAUUGAUAAUCAUUGACUUAUAGGUACUUCAUACUAAUACUCAAUGGGUAUUGGCGACAGAAAGUAAGUUACUGUCCGCCAAUUAGCAUUAGCAGGAACUAUUACUUUUAGCCAAUGAGCAUUAGAAGGAAGUAACUAUCAGCCAAUGAGCAUUAGCAGGAAGUAACUAUCAGUCUAUGCGCAUUAUUAAGAAGUACACAACUGGUACAGCUGUUUAAGCUUCAAUUUAAAUUUAAACUGCUUUUACUUCAUAUUUGUUUUUAUAAAAAAAAAAGUUGACAUUUUAAAUGCUUUGCUUUAAAGGGACACUAAAGUCAAAAUUUAUACUCUUAUGAUUCAGAUAGAGCAUGUGUUUUAAGAGACUUUCCAAUAUACAUCUAUUAUAAAAUUUGGCACAUUCUUUUUAUAUACACACUUUUUGAGUCACUAGCUCCUACUGAGCAUGUGCACAUGUUCAUAGAGUAUAUAUAUAUAUACUAGUCUGCAAAUGACUGAUGGCUGUCACAUAAUGCAGGAGGGCCGGUGUUCUAAAGAAAGUGGUAUACCGCAUAGGAAUGUGUAUACCACGUCACUUUAGGUAACGUGACUCAGCUGCUGGAGGGGUGUUGCGCUUAAUGCACAUGCGCAAGAGGCCCAACCUCUUCCGAACAGCUGAUGGAAAUUAAGCAACGGGUCGAGGAUAUAUAUGGCCCGUAAUUAUAAUUUAUAGAGGCUAAUAGCCUUCACUGUGCAUGCGUGCACUGCGGUCGCUAUAUUCAAUUUAAUCUGGGGGGUUGUUGAAUCAAAGAGUAAAUAUCUAAGACUCAAAAUCUUCCAUCCACCUCCAUGUAGUCACAAAUUUAUGUUACAUGAUCUUGAAAGUAAUAGGACAUCAGGAGUCACCGCAACACAAACCCUCAGAUUUAGCAUUUUCACAGUCACGUCAGUUGGACAGAAGCAUGCAUUCUUUCUUGUGAUUUAUGAGCACCAUUACACAUUUCAGUAACAUUUUUAAUAACCUCGACCCGUUGUUCGCAAGUAAAUCUCCUUAAACAGCUUUUUGUAGGAGGUUGGUGCUCUUGCGCAUGCGCACUGUGCACCACGCCGCUCCAACAGCUGAUAAUAUGUCACCGGAAGUGACAUAGUAUACACAUUCCUAUGGUGUACCAUUUACUUUAGAACACCGGCAAAUGGGGAAAAGAUACAUUUGUCAGAAAAAAAAAUCUACUUAUUUGAAAUUCAGUGUUAUUGCAUUGUCUUUAUAUUAUUCAUUAUUAUUUAGUGGUCCUUUUAAUAUGGAUGACAGAAAUUGCUUGAUUACAGUUUCCCUUUAAGUCCGUUUGUGCCUUUAAUAACACCCUAACUGUUGUGUUUUAUAAGUACUAUUAUAUUUCACUAACAUGGCUCUACACAGCUGAUAUUAUGGCUGUAACUAUUGAAAUGUCAUGGUGCCUUAUUGUUUCUGCAGAAUCCUGCCAAAUUCUCAGGAGUUUAACCUAUGUAUUAUAUGUCACAAGACACUCAGGAGCGGAAAAUAUAAACCUCUUGGUGGUAAUAAUUAUAAUAAUAAUAAAAUUUCUUUCAGGUCAUGCAUUGCUAGAUAUAAACUGCAGCAUCUACCAUAGGUAUAAAACAAUUCAAUUUUACAUUCUACUAAUGUGACAUUAUUUGUUACUACAUCUUUGGUUUUAAAAUACUACACUUCCAGGAUCUAAGCUUCAAGGAAGUUCCUGCAUUGUAAAUUUAUGGAAACCUAACUCCAGAGUGCCUUUUUUGUACACCUACUUGCUUUUGCUUUUUCUAAUAGGGUAUUUUGGGAGCCUAGAACUGUGCGCAUUAUCUAGGUUCUCCAUACCCAGAAUUUUUUAUUCUCUUAUUGUGAUCAUUUGUUUGGAUUUCUAAAACCCAAAAAAAAAAAAUAGUACACAAUCUUAUUUUUCAAAAUCCACAUAAUAGAGCAAUGUAACAUUUCCAUGCUGGUCUGUAACUUUUCUAUAUAAACCCUAAAAAAAAUAUUUUUUCAAAAAAGUAGAUUAUACGAUCAAAUCAGCAGUGAAUAUAUGCCUUAAAAAUCAAUAACAUAUUAUGUUCUGGUACAGGUCAUGUGAAAAUUGCACACUGUGUUGCAUGAAUCCCACAUACAAACUGUGUGGAAUAAAAGAUAUUACAAUUAUAUCAGACUCCCAUAUAAUCAAUGUGAAUUGAAAUUAUAUAAUGUAGAUCAGGGCUCGACAAAUCCAGGGAGCCACUGGCUCCUAGAAUUUUACCCCUGACUCCUAACUUGUUUUGGUUAAUCUCUCUCUCUUUUAUAAAAGCAUGUGUGGCUCCUAUAUAUUCUUACUAGCUCCUACAUUUUAAACAGAUUUGUCGACCCCUGAUGUAGAUAAAAGGAGGCAAUUAUAUUUAAUUUGAUAAUUGGGGGCAGUGUUUGAAAAGUGCCUGUAUGGAAGAUUUAUUUAACAAAGGGCAUUUUGCCAAUCAUAUUGUA